AUGGCUUUCUACAGCCGUAAUAUACUUUUUGCUAUUGCUAGAACAAGAGGUCCUCACCUUUUUGUCCUCCCUAGCUACCCUCGAUAUUCCCCAUCAGUUUCAUUUCUUCAACUGGCAGAUUCCCAUUUAAAUCAAAACUAUGUGAGAAACUAUGGAAGCAAAAAAUUCUUGUAUCCUAUUCAAUCAAGCAGCAAAGUGCCUCAUUUACGAACUAAGGCAAUGCGAAAACUACAUGCAUCCACGUGCUGGUUUCAAGAUUCCCCAAAUAAGGCUAAACAAACCAUGGAAAAAUCAGUAACAGCACCCCAAACCCCAAAAGAAACAGGAAUUAAGACUGAGGAGGUUAAGCGAUCUUUGAGACAGAAAAUUGUGGAUGAAUUUAAACAUUAUUACAAUGGAUUCUACUUGCUUUGGAUCGACACCAAAGUUGCUGCCAGGAUUAUAUGGAAACUAUUACAUGGACAGGUGCUGACCAGACGAGAGAGACGAAGGCUGCUGAGAACUUGUGCUGAUCUCUUCCGCCUGGUUCCAUUUAUCGUGUUCAUAAUUGUGCCCUUCAUGGAAUUACUAUUACCAGUGUUUCUGAAACUCUUUCCAGACAUGUUGCCAUCAACUUUUGAAAGUGAAUCAAAAAAGGAAGAAAAACAAAGAAAAAGAAUGGCUGCAAAGUCAGAACUAGCAAAAUUUCUCCAAGAAACUAUUACAGAGAUGGCGAGGAGGAACAGAGCCAGGUUGGGAGAAGCCUCUACACAGUUUUCAUCUUAUGUAAAGCAGGUCCAGACAGGCCACACACCUAGCACAAAGGAGAUAGUUCGAUUUUCUAAACUAUUUGAGGAUGAGCUAACUCUGGAACAUUUAGACCGACCUCAGCUGGUUGCUCUGUGCAAACUCCUAGAACUUCAGGCCCUUGGAACCAACAACCUGCUCCGUUUUCAGCUUCUGAUGAAACUGAAGUCUAUAAAAGCAGAUGAUGAAGCAAUUGCCAAAGAAGGAGUGAAUGCCCUGAGUGUAACUGAACUACAAAGUGCCUGUAGAACCCGAGGAAUGAGGUCACUAGGGCUCUCUGAGAAGCAGUUGAGAGCACAGCUCUCACAGUGGCAUGACCUCCAUCUGAAAGAGAAUGUUCCUCCUUCUCUGUUGUUGUUAUCCCGAACCUUCUAUCUGAUAGAUGUGAAGCCAAAGCCUAUUGAGUUUCCUCCAAAUGUUGAGGUUCCAAAGGCAGAAGCUCCUGUAGAAACACCAGCUUCUUUACCUGAAUCUAAAGAGGUCCUGGUGGACUCAGCACCUCAACUUCAGGGAACAAAGGUUGAAGAAUUAAAAAAAUUGCCGCCUAUUAUACCACCACCACCUGUUUCAUUACCUGAAGGACCUAUUUCUUCUUCUUCCAAAGGAACUGUAAGCAUUUUUGCAGAGAGAAAGGGCUUAUUUGUUUGUGUUUUUGUUUAUCUUUAAGGGUACGUAAAGUCUAGGCUUAGAACAACUCUGAAACACUGCAUAAUCCUUCUUUACUUCUAAACAGGAUGUUGUAGGUUGAAGUGUAGUCAUCUUGUAACCACUACAUUUUUGACCUUUUUAAGUAAACUAUCCACCAGUGCAAUCAAGUAUAAAACUUUUAAAUAUAUGAAGUCUAAGACUAAUUACAGUACAGACACAUCAUUAUUUUCUUCUGCCACUUAGAAAUUAUUUCCACAUGUGGUGAAUGUUACACAGGACCUUUAUGCUAAGAAAUAUUAGGAAAACAACCUAAAUGUCACAUAAGUGCUCCCCCCACACCUGCCAUUUUCCAGAGACCUUUAGUGUAAAAAGUCA